UCAAUUCAAUACAUUGCCUGUCAAAAUAUACGCUUAUGUUUUCAUAUAAGCUCAUGUCCAACUAAAAAAAACAGUUUUUCAUAUCAUUAUUUAACAAACCUUAAAGGAUUUCACUCACUUACAGUUGGAAAAAUCACAUUAGUCCACUUAUUCACUUAAAGGAAAAAAAAAUAAUAAAGUAAUGUGCGUAAACAACCACCAGGCGGCGUACUCGUAGCGUCUUUCAUUGAAUGAGACGGAAUGUGGACUUUCCCUUAUUUUUCUUUCCAUCAGAUUUAAAGGGGAAGCAAUUUGGCCUCCGUCAGGAAGCUUCCAUAAGUACCUAACAUGGCAGACAGGCUCAGAGUGAUGUAACUUCUUGCAAGGAUGAAGAUUCCUAAUAAUAAUAAUAGCAAGAAAAUAACAUUUAACAGACAGCCCACUGAUUAUGUAAAAAAAAAUCACUGUGAACAUUCCACAGUUAUUUAACACCGUGUGACACCACGCAUUUAAAUGAUUCAAGACGCUUGGAAGACAUUCACAGCUUCCCCCCCACCCUCCUCCUUUUUCCCCCCAUAAAGGUCUACUGCAUUUAUGUUGGCAGCAACAGCAGAGGUUAAUCAUGAUGAUUAUAACAUGUCGGAGAAAGGAGAGGACACAUUUCAAGGGCAGCAAAAGUAACACAUCGGUUAGUCGUUGCACUUUGUUGUUUCUCCUCAGGCAGAGCUAACCACAUCUGGAAACAUUGCAUCAGUGAAAAAUUAAGAGCUGUUUGCACAGGCAGCGCAGUGCCUACAGGAAGUGCAGGCCACCAGGAGGGUGUGGAGACCCUUUUUAAAGCAGCCCACCGAACAAAAAUAACACAGCUAAAUUACAAUACGAGGUACUCCACAUCAGGAAUCACAGUAUUUUAUGCUUGAUGGCAGGGGUGUCCAAAGUCUGGUUCUGGGGAAAUUUGUAGCCUGUGACAUGUUUGGCGAAAGUGGAAUGGGGAAUGUACAGCUAGUUGGAAAUGAGUGUACACAACACAGCAGCAACAGAACCAAUGUUGUAGCCUGGGUGUGUCCAAACGUUUCUAUUGUAGGUCGCAUACAGAAAAAUUAAGGAAUGCGGUUGCCACUUUUACCUUUUUUUAAACCAGUCAUUGUAGAUAUGCAGCUCUUUUUUUUUAUGUAUUUUUUUCUUGUCUUUAUUCUCAUAAUAUAUUUACUUUAUUAUUUUAAUAUUAAUAUAUUAAUAUUUAAUAUCUCAAAAAUUGCAACUUUAUUAAUCAUAUUCUCCCUUGCUAGAAAUAUGUGUAUAUUCCAGUCUUAUAAUAUAUAAUAUUAUAAUAUAUAAUAUAUAUAUUAUAUAAUAUAAUAUCUAGUCUUUAUAUAAUAGUAAAUGAUAUUUACUAGGGAUGUGCGAUAUGUCCCGAUAUAGAUAUCAAAAUGUGAUAUCCAUAUCAAGAUUUUUUUCCUGAUCAUGUAAUUGCUGUAUACAACACAUAUGUCAUGUUAUACUUAUAGGUUAUCACAUGGUUUGUCUGGUAUCAGGCCCAAUCUCAUGUCCCUGUGUGCCAGUAUCAGCCCUCGACAUGUCUGUAUCGGCUGAUAUCGCUAUAAGAAAUUGAGAGUACAGACAGAUAGUAUUGGGAAAUAGUACUUUUUUUCUCUUAAUAAUGUGGCAUUGUUGUCCUAUUAAUUUACUGGUUGUCCAUUUUUAUUUUUUUAGGUUUUCUUGCUAAAUGUUAUUUUUAGAACAUGCCGAGGGCAGAUCAGCCAGCAUUGAAAUCAUUUGAUGAUUUGAGAUGUUCUGUGUUACAAGAAAUGCCACUCUUUGAAGUGAACACUGAAGGCGGCUCUUUGAAGUGAGCUGUCUUUUGUUUUUUCUUCUUUUCCUGUUAACAACGCAUGUGAUUGGUCAAACUGUAUGGUGCCAUAUGUGUCAGCAUUGAGAAGAAGGUGGAGAAAGAGGUUACUCACACAUCACAGUUGUGAGCACACAAAGAAGAGCGAGUGAGAGCGAAAGAAAGGCUACGGAAUUAACUGAAAAGGUUCUCUUCAAAAGCAACCAGUGUGCAUGCAGGAGAAGAGGAGGCGGUGGCGGAGGAGGAGGAAGAAGAAGAGGAUCAUCUGGCCCCGCCCAUCUGCAGAUUUGACCAUUGACUGCAUGCACAGAUCCACACAAGCCGCUUCAUCAUACAGUGUGACGCCCCGUGGACGAUUUUUACUGGGCCGCGCACGGUGCUCCACGCAUGCUGAGGUGCAUGGUUGCUGCUUCUCACAUUUUGCAUUUUUAGGAGGACGGAACUGAGGUGCUUCUUCUAGAUUCUUCUAUGGACGCAGAGUGAGGUGCAGCAUACAUUGCAGACAGUGUAAAGCGGAGAGAGGAAGAUGCCAGCUCCGCCCCCGCCUCCUCCCCCAGGAGCACCCCCUCCCCCCACCUUUGCAGUUGCCAACACAGACAAGCCGAGCCGUGGAGAACAGAAAGGAAGGAAUGCUCUGUUGUCGGACAUUCAUAAAGGCGCCAAACUUAAAAAGACUGUCACCAAUGACCGCAGUGGACCAAUAUUGGACAAGCCCAAAGGAGGCGGAGGAGUUGGAGGAGGAGGUGGAGUAAGUUCAGGUGGAGGAGGAGGGGGUGGAAGCUUUGGUGGUGGAGCUCCUGCUGGUUUAGGAGGCCUCUUUGUCGGCGGAAUGCCAAAACUUCGCUCUGCAGCCAACAGAGAUUCCAAUGACUCGGGACCCCCCAGAGGACCGGCUAUCACCCCAAGUCGCUACAGCGGCCCCAGCCCCUUCAGUAGCGGUCCUCCAAAAUUCCAAGGAGUGUCUUCUUCAUUCCGCGGCGGCGUUCCCGACCUUCCAAAGAACCGUACAAAUCACUCAUCAAGGCAAGACACUCCAGGAGGUCCUCCACCCAUACCCAACACGCCUCGACCCAACCAGAACUUCAGUCCCCGUGCGGGCCCACCACCGCCUUCUCUUCCUGCGGGACCCAGAUCCAACCCCGCAUCUGGGCCACCACCUCCCAGUCUUCCCCCAGGGCGGCAUGGUCCUCUCCCUCAGCCGCCAGGGAUGCCGAGGCCGAGCUUCACCACACCGCCUCCCCCGCCAUCCUCAAACCACAGCAGACCACCUUUACCGCCGGCUCCAGGGAGCCGGCCCCCGCUUCCUGAUGACCGACCUCCUCCUCCGCCGGCUCCAGUUGGGGGUCACCGGCAGUCCAUGCCCCGUGACCUGCCCCCUCCGCCUCCUCCCGCCGUCAACUGCAAACCUCCCUCGUCUGUUUCUUCUCGCUCUUCUGGGGGAGCACCACCUCUUCCGCCCGGGCGACCUGGGCCUCCUCCUUUGCCACCCACACCAGCCGUGGGGGACGACCACAGCACGCCUCGACUACCCCAAAGAAACAGCUCACUCAACAGCAAUUUCAGCUCUUCACCACAUGUCCGCACGGGACCCCUCCCUCCCCCACCCAACGAGAGGCCGCCAUCCUUUGGAAGAAACCAAAAUUCAACACGCACAGGGCCUCUUCCUCCUCCGCCCCCCACAGGCCGCAAUGUGAGCGGAGGCAGCAUGAGGGCAUCGCCGGGGCACUCUCCUAUCGGACGACCCGGGUCGGAUUCUCCUCGUGGCGGCCCCGGUGGUAGACCCCCUCUGCCUCCGGACAGACCCGGGGCCGGAGGGGCACCUCCUCCGCCACCUCCACCCAUCGGCAACGGCUUCCAAAACUCACACCACAACCAGAUACACGAUGAUUGGGAGGUUCGCUUCACUUUCCACCCGGUGUCCGACCUGCCGCCACCCGAGCCCUAUCAGCCCUUCCACAAGACCUACCCUAGCAAGAUCAGCAAGAUGGACGGCAGAGGUUCGGGUAGAAAGGAAAGAGGUGCUCCUCCUCUUCCUCCUAUACCCAGGUGAAGAAGAGCAGCAAUAUGCAAAAAAUAUGCAAAGUGGACAGACGACAACAGUGUUAAGAAGGAAAAAAAAGCUAGGGAAAAUGUCUAUUUGAGAG